GUUUCACGUUAACGUCGUGUAGUAAGUUGAGCUCCAUCAACCGCUUCAUGAUUAGGCUGGAGUCGCCGAGAAAUUCGGUUGGGCGGCCGGGAGUUGAGAGUGAGAUGUAAGGAAUUUUGCCUGUGGGACCAGAGGCGGUGGAGCCAGCGGCGCAGGAAUAGGGCAGGUGGGAGGUGCGGAGCCGGAAUUCGAGUUUUGUGACGAAGGGUGACCACACAUAUUUCCCAGGGGAGUCCCAGCCGCGGUAGAGGGUGAUGGUUGGUUGAGAUUUUGGGGUGGUCAUUGAGAUGGUGAAGGUGAGGCUUUAGCUAAGAUGAGAAUUGUGAGAUCGAUUGAAGAUUCUGAUAUCGCUUGUGCAUGAAUGGAGAAUUGGAAAUACUGGUAUCAAAUCCUCUAGUCGAUGUUGACUAUUGCGUUAAGUAUUAUAUGCUACCAAACUUACAGCCAGGUGCGCGCAUGGCAACCUACCUGUGUAUGUUAGCACCUAUCGCGGAACGUAAUCAAGGUCGCCCCAAGCCAUUGAACCUGUUGCUUGAAUUAAUAGAAUUUUAUCAGCACGCCAAAGCUGUUAUUGACCAACCCACCUCAGCCGAGUUGGAACACGUCAGCGUCACGUGGUCGUCCAUCUCACCGACUCAAUUCACCUUCACCCACUUCACCAUAUGCCAUGGAGCUACUCUUGAGGCGGGGAUUGCCUCACUCACUCAGCUUGGCCUUAUUUUCACGACCAAUCUGCCACCAGCGCAGCAAGACAGCCUUGGGAACACGACGGCCGGCACUUCUCCACACCACCUCCGCCCUCCUAUUCUCUCUUCCCAACAACCUCCAACCCACCCCCCGCCUGCGAUGGCAUCCCCGACAAUGGCCUCCCCCACUACGGCUGGCCCAGCUGCCGCCGCUGAUGACGUUGCAUCGCUCAUGUCAAUCCCCCUCGAGCUCCGCCACAAUAUCUUUGAGUUCACGGCACUCCGCUCGAAGCCUGCUAAGAAACUGCUCCGCGCGUGGUUUGAGAGGAAGGACAUCGCGGAGCGCGUGGCCCAGCUGGCUGCCAGCAAUCCCAACGGCCCCGCCCCGCGAGUGGUCGCCGCCCACGAUAGCGACCCUGAUUCCGACGCUGGCGAUGACGAGGAUCAGGAUGACCAGGAGGACGAUGACGAACAGGACGAAGAGGACGACAACAUCGUUGAGGAUGAAGACAACGAAGCUGCUGAUGGCGACGACAAUGGCGAUGGUCUCGCCGGUGACGGCAACACGGCAAUCACCACCCAGGCUGUCCCGGGCCCGAUCAUCCAACCCCACCGCAAAUGGCGCCACAUCCCGAACUUCAUGCGGAUCUCCCACUGCCCGCCGACUCUGGAGCUGUUGCUCACCUGCAAGGAGCUCAGCCGCGAGGCCAUGGACUGGUACUACGACGUCGCCAUCCUGCGUAUCGAUGCCACCGGGAGCUUUGCGCACACAUCCUUCUUCGAGGAAUCCCUUGGCGAAAUCACCGACGCCCCGUUAUCCCCUGUCGAGAAUAUCCGACGCGUUGAUGUCACCUUCGUCUGGGAUUCUGCCUGGUUGCGCGCAAGCGAGGCUUUCGAGGGCAUAUACCAAGCCAUGUUACGACAGCGCGCCGAAUUCGUCAUCGGCAUCCUCAAGCGCGCUCCGGAGCUCAAAACCGUUACAGUGCAUUGGCACGAUUCCGCCAACGAUGAGGAGAGCACUGCCCUGAAGCUCGAUGUGCUUGAGGGCUUCUACGCCUUCCUGGGAAGCGCGGAGCUUAACUUGGAGGAGCAUUAUUUGUCACCAGGUGAAGAGCCGGAUGCUACCAGUCUUGCUGGAAAGCAGCGUGUGGAGUUCCAACGUAUCCUCGAUGAGAAUCACAAUUUUCAGUGCUGUCUGGCUUUCCUCAUUUCAUACUGGGUUUUCAGCUUCAUCCUAUGGCUUCAGCACUUUAUGAUGGGACUGGGUGUGAUCGUUCGCUCUGGGAUUGACGGCCUUGAUAAUGAACCAUCUCUCUCCUGGCGACAAGGUGUUUACAUGUAUGCACGGGGCUGGCGCACUGAAUACCAGACUUUUCACUAGGAGUCUCUUGGCUUCUCCUUUCACUAGCUAGUCUUCUAAGCUAGCCUUCUAAUAUGGGGAAUCUACAUCCUGACUUGAACUUCUGGUGCAUGACGGGAAUAUUGUAUUAGCAUGUUUUAUGGAAUAUGAAUAGAUUGAGCUUGGUUUAUUAAACUGCUUGACGAUAUUCUAGUAGAUAGCAAGCGGACGCAGGUUCCCAUCUCGAAUCAGACCCAGUCUCUAGAGGUCUCCAUUUAUCACGAUGGUGUGUAGGCAU